AUGCCUCCAUUGUAUAAAUGUUUUACGUCAUGCACAUUUGUGCGAGGUGCUGGCAAAAACAAAUGGAGCGCUAAUAGCAGCCGACUGCGUUCAGCAACUGCAAUCAGUUUAAAUCAUAAAAAGAUUUCCUUCCUUGGGGCAAACGCAUACGACAUCCAGAGACGUUUCCUUCACUCUUCAGUGUCAAACAAGAAAAAAAAAAUCGAAAAUUCCCACAGAUUCAAAUCCCUUCCCUCAUUCCCUCACUCCCUAAUUCCGACCUUCGAAUGGAAAUUCCGCUACGAACACUUAAACCAAUACAGCGAAAAGCAAUUAAAGUAA